AUGGCCAGCAGUGACAGCAACAACCUCCCGACCAAGGUCCUCUGCGGUGUGACCGUCCCCGACACGCCAUUGAUCGAUAAGGCUCUGGAGUUUGCCAAAGGGGUGUCCACCGGCUACACCUAUAACCACAUUGUCCGGUCGUUUCUCUUGGGAUUCAUCAUCGCCGACAAACUCCCUCACACCAAGGACCGCGACCGAGAGGCCCAUGCUAUUGCUGCCAUUCUCCACGACACCGGCUUCCCAAUCGGCCAUCCUCCCCACAACGAUGUACUCAGCGACGAUAAGCGAUUCGAGGUCGACGGUGCGAAUGCGGCGAGAAACUUCUUGAAGAGGGAGGCCAAGGCGGAGGAGUGGGACAAGCAUCGUUUGCAGCUGGUAUGGGACGCCAUUGCGUUGCAUACCAUCGGGUCUGUGGUGUUUGAGAAAGAGCCUGAGGUGCAAUCUUGUUCGUACGGUAUCUGGGCCGAUUUCCAAGGUCCAGACCGCGUUUCCGGAGGUGUUCUUACCUGGGAUGAGUAUAAUGCGAUCGUGAGAGAGUACCCUCGUCUUGGCCUCAUGAAGGGCCUCAAGGACAACAUGCUGCACCUGUGCAAAGUCAAGCCAGGAACGACCUACGAUAAUACGGUCGGCGAGUGGGGUGAUCGAUAUUUGAGUGCCGACGAGUAUAACAGGAAGCCAAACCUGACGCAGAACUUGUUGGAGACGUGUGAUUUGGAUGAGAGAGACCCCAAUGUGUAG